CCCGGCCCGGGGCUGGGCGGACAUGGGCGCCAAGCAGAGCGGCCCGGCCGCUGCUAACGGCCGCACUCGCGCCUACUCGGGCUCGGAUCUACCUUCCAGCAGCAGCGGAGGGGCCAAUGGGACCGCGGGCGGUGGCGGCGGCGGCGGUGGCGGCGGAGGGGCGCGGGCCGCGGCCCCGGGGAGGUUUCCGGCUCAGGUCCCGGCUGCGCACCAGCCCAGCGCCUCGGGCGGCGCCGCGGCGGCCUCGGCGGCCCCGCGCAGCCGCUCCCUCGGCGGGACCGGGGGGAGCGUGGCGUCGGCGGCCCGCGCGGCGCAGUCCUCCUUCAACAUCCCCAACAGCAGCAGCGGCCCGUACGGCUCGCAGGACUCGGUGCACAGCAGCCCCGAGGACGGCGGCGGCAGCAGGGACCGGCCGGCGGGCGGGGGCCCCGGCGGACCGCGCCUGGUGAUCGGCUCCUUACCAGCUCACCUCUCGCCGCACAUGUUUGGAGGAUUUAAGUGCCCUGUAUGCUCAAAAUUUGUACCUUCAGAUGAAAUGGAUUUGCAUCUUGUGAUGUGUUUAACAAAGCCAAGAAUAACCUAUAAUGAGGAUGUACUGAGUAAAGAUGCUGGGGAAUGUGCAAUAUGCCUUGAAGAAUUGCAGCAGGGAGAUACUAUAGCACGACUGCCUUGUCUAUGCAUAUAUCAUAAAGGCUGCAUAGAUGAAUGGUUUGAAGUAAAUAGAUCUUGCCCGGAGCACCCUUCAGACUAAGCAUCAGCUUCCUGUUUUAUAGGUUUUCUUGUGUUUUCAAGAUGCUUGAAAAACUGAGAGGAGAUGAGGAUCUGUCUCUGGAAAAAGAAAAACAAAACUGCAGGCAUACUCAGCCAGAGAUCUGAGUUCUGUGAGACUUGGUAACGCAGAGAUGGACAAUCACACGGGAAAAAACCCUGCUGAAGAGAGGGCAGUUGCCACAGAACUCAGUGUACCAAACAUGCAUAUAGAGGACACACAGGGAUUUUGAAAAUGCUGCACCUCCCUUACUAGUCAUCUACAUAGGUAAUACUGAUAAACAUUUUGUAUUCAGACGCCAAAGUUAACUGAUUUAAAAGUUGAUUUUAUUAAGUUCUCUAGAGCUGCGCAACUAGUUGUGUUUGACUUGUUUUUUUCUUGUUUGGGGUCACUUUAUUUUCCCCUACAUGAUGUUUCUGUAUUCAUCUGUUCUUAAACUGAAGACCACAUAAUGUACUUCUAUAAAUUAAAGUCUUAAAUGUGAAACCAAGAAAUGAAAUCAAGCAGUAAAACAUUUUCUGAAUGUAGACCAUGAUCUCAAGUUCUUCUAUUUUUUCUCCUAUGAGUAGAAAAUAGACUUCUGCAUAGGAGAGCUAAAAUAUGUUAGUAUUUUAAAUUCAAGGUUUAACAUUAUCAGAAUGCAGUCCAAAGAGUAAAUCAAGUUACAUAAUUACAUUUUAAUGAACUAAGGCUAAGGUUGUCUAUUGAAUUGCAAUUUAUUACACGUGUUAUUUCCUCUUAAGUAAAACUGCUCAGUAGUUAAUCAGUAAUGAAUCAUCUUGCAGCAGCUAUGCAACUUUUUAAAAAAUACAAAUUACCAAUUUUAAGUGCUGCCAGCUAUAAUAACUUUGUUUUAACGGGUAUUUUUGUUUGUUCUUUUCAUGCAAUUAUUUCAUUGUGCUUUGCAUCUCCAGACAGUUUUCCCACAUUUGGGUAGAAUGUUUAGCAGGUUGUAAACUUAGUAACUUAUGAAAAGGGUAAAAUUUUCUUGAGUGGAACUUGGAAUAACUUGAGGGACAUUUUAUAUACUUUUAAAAAUCAGAAUUUAAUUGGGAUGCCGGAUUUAUAGCAAUUUGCAUCUUUAAUUUUCCAGAUAAUCUGGAAGUUAGUGUUUGAUAAAUGAUUUUUUAAAGCAAAUAUGAAGAUUUUGUUAAUUUAUAAUUUAUUAAUGUGUUAUUACUGUAAUUGAAAAUGUUAUAGAUAAUAGACUUUUAAAUUCAGUCUUGUGUAGAAAGAAAUGUAUUAAGCAAAAUUAUGUGAAUAAAUAUUCCCACACAAUACAUCUGAAUGGUUACAAAAUACUGGAAGAGAGCUAUCAGGCUACAAUAGUGAAUGUCUUUUUUUUUUUUUUUUUUUUUUUUUAAUCUAAAAAGAUACCAAUAAGUAGAUUUCAUAUUUUCAACAUACAGGGAAAAUGUUAUCAGUGAACAUUUAAGCAGUGCACUUUACUUGGUAUAAUUGAAAGUUGCACAAGUACUGUUUCCUUAUUUUACGCUUUCUUUAACGUAUUUAAGUAUUUGCUUUUCUAUUUAAUGCUGCUACUCUUACUCUCAAAAUUUUUCCCUAUUCUGCUUCUGUUUCAUAUUUUUUGAAAGGGCACGUACAGGAGCAACUGCUGCUACCCAGAAAAAUUGGUGUUUUAGAAACAAUUGAAAGAGUUUUUCAUUGCUUUCUGUGUGAUUCCAGACCAGAUAACAUUUUCCCUAAAGUUAUGCUGUGAAAUGCCUUUUGUUAUGCUGCAAUUGACAAAAGCGUCCCAAACCUCCAUUGUGACGGCUGACAGCACGGUUUCAUAGGUGCUUUUUAAACCAGUUAUGGGAAAUACUCUUCCCUCACGGAAAAUCUUUCCUUCAAUUUUCUUCUGUUACCAUGAAAUCUUAGUAUGAAUCCAUUUUGUUUCACAUUUUUAAUUUUGUAAGCUUCCACACAUAACACAUGUACCCGCUCACCCCAGGAAAGACCUCUUAGAGUAUUUUGUGAAUGAUUCAUUUUUUUCCUACUACUGGUAUAUUGUUAUGGUAAGAAUUGUUUUGUUGUCUUCCGUUCUUAAAGGCACAGCUUAACUCUAGCUGUGGCAGUGACGCAUUAAUAUUCUUCUGGAAGUUGAUUUUCUGAUAUGUGAUUUACUCAUUGACUUUUUAAUUUUACAGACUUUAGUUCUUUUCCUUCUGUGUCCUGUUCCAUAUCAGCCUCUCUCGCUCAGCCUCUGACCUACGGUUCUGUGCUGCAGCAGCUACAGCAGAAGAAAGUUCAGUGUUUGUUAGUUCAAGUGCUCCUUGAUUAUUAUAUUUGUCUAGAACAGUACUUACUUAAAAUCUGUUUAUAGCAGCCCUUUUGUGUUAAAAUUGAUAGAGGUUAGCAUUUUUUACUUUAGGUUCAGUCUCCAUCAAUGACUCCCCAGAAAGAAGAAUUUAGGAAUUGAAAAUGUUUUUAUGCCCAGAUGCUCUGGUUAUUAUUCAAAGUCAAAAUUGCUACUCUGGAAAAUAUUAUAAUAUUCUACAUAAUGUCACUUACAAUAUUUGUGUAUCUGUAUGUGGACACUGAAUAGUGUAAGUAGGAUACAAAAAUCACAUUAGAUAUUUAAAUAUGUUGCUUGAAACUACUGACAACUGAAUAUUAUGGAGACAAAAUAAAGAUUGAAAACCUAGCUAUCAAGUUGGUGAUUGAUAGCCUUCCAGAAUCUUUGUAAAUACACGUUUUAAAAUGAGAUCGCACUUGCGUAAAUAGAAAGCAAUAUGUUCUGAAAUUUCACUUUAGUGCCACUCUUCAUAAUGGGUUUAUUGCCAAUUUUGACUCGUUUUACUUUGAUCUGGCUUUUUGAAUUUUGUUAUUGUUAUUGCCGGAAUGUAUAAGAGAUAGUAAAAUUAUCCUGUCUUUGGGCUUUUUGCCAGAGAAAUUAGCUAAACCUAGUCUUAAUCUAUGUUUUUCAGAUCUGGUUAUAAAUCUGGUAUAGAUCGUGUUUUAAGAGCAGUGUUUGUGAUUGAAAUAUAAGUAAUGAAUUCUAUAACUGAUUUUUUUGUGGUAGCUGAACAACAUUUAAAAGGCCAUAUUGUUAACUCUUGCAUGCUAUAUGGGUUUUGGUUUCUUUGUGCAAAUCUUCUGUUUCUUUUAAGUGAUACACAGUUAUUUCUGUUCUCACCUCUAAAUACUUUAUUAGAAUGUAGCCCAAACGAAAUGCCUGAGGAUCACUGUCAGCAUAUUUUCAAUAUGUAUUUUGCAAAGAUUUCAGGUUAACAAAUGUAUUAGUGAAAAUGGCAGAUUCCUUUUCAAAGUUUAUUUUACUUUCCCAAUUUGGGUAUAGUGAAGUUUAAGGGCAAUUAUUUAAAUUAACAUACUAUAGCAAGACUAAGAGAAAUGUCUUUAAAUGAAAAGACAGUAAAUUAAAUGUAAAUAUUACCUAAUCUUAUUUACUAACUUGGAGAGCUGAAGAAGAGAAAUUUCCUAAAAGUAAGCUACAUUUGAGCAAAGCAUGAAACUCUUUAAAAAUUCAAGAAUAAUUGAAUUUACCAUCUGAUUGACAUCCCUUUUAUGCAUUGAUAAUAAUAUCCAAAUCAUCCUAUUUUUUCACAGAGGAGUUUCCAUAUAAAUCAGAUGAACUUUGUAAGACUUCAUAGAGGUAAAUGUUGCGUAUUAAUUGUGAGUACAGUCUGUGAGCUGCCGGAAAUCUUCUAGUUCAUUUGGGCCAUUUUCUUGCAGUUUGAUUUAUCCUGAGGUGAACUCAAUGCAUAUUGACAGUGUGUUAAAUGUGAAAUGUCCCUUGUUCUUGUACAGGUAUUUUCUAAGUUAAAAAAAAAAAAAUUUUAGCAUGCUGAUACUUUUAUCUCUGACCCCAUCACUCCCCCCUUUUUUGAAGUGCGUAACUUCUGAUUUUUUUCUUUACUAUAUUGUGAAUGACAAUAGUUAAAUUAUGUUUUACUGUUCUAUUCCUCUGUAUCCAGACCUUUUCAUUCUGAUACUAAAUUGCUACUUGUUUUGUUUUGUUUUGUUUUUUUUAGAGGAAAUUGCUACUUGGUAUACUCCUAGUAGUGAUUCUUAUUCAUGAACAGCUGAAUAGGUAAAACUUUUGGUAAUAAUUUACUCAGGCAGUACUUUGAGUGCCAUAUUCUGGGAAUGCUGUGUUGAAGCUGGGAAACUGAAUGUUCUUUUUCCAUCACAGAAUUCCUGAAUUGAAUGGGAAAUACCUGGUCUUUGAAGUUCAGCUGAUUCUCUGGAAAGAACUAAAGGCAUUGAAGAAAACCAGAUAUAUUCAUAUUAAGUUUUAGCUGAAAAUGCAGUAUGACUAAGGGGAGUUGGUGUAUUUUCAGAUGUGAAGCCAUCAUUAAUUUUAGACCAACGGCUAACAAUAAGAUAAAUUGUUAGUUGUUUAUAGGGAAUCAAAGAGCAGUAUGGCAUAAACUCACAUCUCAGAAAUGAAAAAUUUCAAAGUAAGAUUGCAGUAUUUGAUUAACCAACAUUGUGCUUCCUAGCUCUGCCCUGGACUGUGAGGCCGCUGUCAGGACUGCAAGUCUUAGAAUCAGAAGUGACUGAUUUCUCCUAUUAUUAAAUUCUCAUGCCUUCCAUUUUGAUUUGAUAUGCUGAGAUUGACUGAUGGUUUAUGUUUAUAAACUUACAGUCCUGCCUGUACCCUGUUACCAGUGACCCUGGUGCUAGCAUCUUGAAAAGGUUAUGUUAUUAGUCAUUAGCAUUUUGAGCACGUGUGUGCAUAGAAUACAGUUAACAGACCCUAUAGGGAGAUCAAGAGAUAUUUUGGAAUUUGAUGAUGAUAUUGGUCUUUAUUACAGAAGUCCAUUUCAUUUUAUUUCUUUCCAAUGAUUAUAUGAGUGUCUUUUUUUUUUUUUAAAGAACAUCACAGUAAUAGUAUUUAUUUCCAUUGGUUUGUUCAUGGUUUCAACAACUCUUCUGUAAUACCUCUUAAUUUCCUCUAUUAGAAAGUAUUUUCCUGUUAAAUAAGGCAUCAAAAGCAUCCAUCAGAAGAAAUCUAGAAAAUGUAUUAGGAACAACUUGUAUUAGUAUGUUCUAAACUAAAAUGGAACAAUUCAUGAUUGAUAUUUUAAUAAAUAAAACUUCCGAAUGA